AUGUCUGCCCAAGACCGCGUCCAGCACUAUGUGUCCCAGCUCGACAAGGAGCUCUCCAAGUACCCUGCCCUCAACAACCUCGAGAAGCAGACCUCCGUCCCCAAGGUCUACGGUGUUAUCGGCCUUGCCAGUCUCUACUUCUUCUUCAUCAUCUUCAACCUCGGAGGACAGUUCCUGACCAACCUGGCCGGCUUCGUCGUCCCCGCAUACUACUCUCUCAGUGCCCUGUUCACUGUCAACAAGGCCGAUGACACCCAGUGGCUGACUUACUGGGUUGUGUUUGCCAUGUUCACUGUUGCCGAGAGCUUGAUCAACGUCGUCUACUGGUUCCCUUUCUACUACACCUUCAAGUUCAUCUUCUUGCUUUGGCUGUCUCUGCCCGUGUUCAGCGGCGCCCAACUCAUCUUCCGAUCUUUCCUCCAGCCUGCUCUCGGCCGCUACUUCACCGAGGCCGGCUCGACUGCUGCCAACCUCCGCGCCAAGGCCGACUCGCUCGGCAAGGACCAGUAA